AGGCAAACGGCGGGAAAAGGCGCGGGGCCGGCUGGCAAGUCUGCCAGCCCCACAGCAUCGGCGAGCCAGGCCAGCAAGCCUCGGACCUUCAACAUCAGCGCCGCGGUCAGCGCCGCGCCGCGGGCCGCCGCGGUCCAGGACAACGGCCGCUGGGCCUGCGCUGCGUGCGGCUUCGGCAACAGCCCCGACAACAACGUGUGCGGCGGCAAGGGCCCGAUGGGCUGCAAGGCGGCGAGGCCAGAAGCCACCCUGCCAUGGACCUGCCCAUGCGGAUUUGCCAACAAAGCCAUCAACGAGGUGUGCGGCGGCCGGGGCGCGAUGGGGUGCAAGCGUCCGAGGACGCCCGCGGCGGGCGGCCCCCGCGGCGGCAGCGCCAAGGGGGGCAGGGGCGCCGCGGGCCAGGCGGCGGACGGCGGCAAGGCGCCCGCUGUGCUCUGGCCGUCGGCGGCCGCCGCCGCGCCGAAGUCAAAGGCGGCGGCACGGCCGACAACGACGCCGCGCCCGCCGUCGGCGUCUCCGCUCUCCGGGGCGCUGAACCUGAUAGGCAUGCUGCGCCCCAGGGCGAAGCGCGACGAGGGCGCGGCGGAGCCGUUCUCGGAGGCGGAGAUCCCUUAUGAUGAGGCAGAGGAGGAGCAGGACGCCCUGGCGAUGCUCGACGAUACGGGCGAGGAGGAUCCCUACGCUGGGGACGACGCCGACGCCGAUGAGUUCUCGUAGCCCAGCGGGCCUUCUGCCAGCGGCGCGUCCCCCCCGCUCGGGCGGCCUGGCGGGCGCAGAGGCCAUACGGGGCUUGUUCGCUCCUGGCGGGAGCCGACGCGCGCUGCAAA